AGUUCCUCCGUGAUCGUCAACUGAUGUGGAAGCUUUGUGAGCUCUAGGAACUUAUCGCUGUAACAAGAGUGUUCUCAAAAGUGAAGAGUACUUCAUUGUGAGAUACCUAUUUUCUUAGUAUAUCAUUUCUCAGUAAAUGGCAAAAAAUUAUCAGGAUACACCAUCCCAAGGAUUUCAUUGAGAUAAACGAAUUUGGUGAAUAAUAAGUGUGAUGAUAAUUCUAAGAGUGCUACCACAGUAAAUGGAGAAAAAAGUGUUGAAAAGGCAGCAGAUGACAAAAGUACCGGAUGAGGAUUGACGGAAAUUCAGUGAUAUUUAUGUGUGAAAGUUACCACCGUUAAUGGGAUUUAUGUAAAUUUAUAGUGAUUCAAAUGUUCCACCUGUGAAGUGGGGUAGCAUCCAAAAGAAAUCUCAAAAGGAUUUUCUCCUGAUUCAGCGUAUUUUCUUCUCGCUGAACCCGCAUAUCAAAUCAACAUUAGUGGUGCGUAGAAUAUGAAGAAUUCCUGGAAUAAUUCAGUGAAUGCGAGUGAAAAUUUGACACUGGUCAGAGAUACAUUCCUUGUGACAUUCGGAAAUGGUAGUGAGACUAACAGAUCCGGCAUCAAUUCAUCCCUGUCGGAGUUUGAUGGGGUUGUGCAGAUUUCUGCACCUGCCAAUGAAUUCAUCUUUGAUCGAACUGAUGUUAGAAUUGUGAUGUUCACCCUUUACCUUAUGGUGUUUUGUUGCUGUUUCUGCGGAAACCUCCUUGUUAUUCUCGUAGUUACAAUGUCGAGACGUCUUCGCUCAAUCACAAAUUUCUUUCUUGCCAAUUUGGCGGUUGCCGACUUCUGCGUCGGUGUUUUCUGUGUCAUGCAGAAUUUGUCAAUUUACCUGAUCCCCAGUUGGGUAUUUGGAGAUUUUCUCUGCAAAAUGUAUCAAUUCACCCACUCCCUGAGCUACACAGCCAGCAUUUUCAUUCUUGUGGUAAUCUGCAUGGAGCGCUAUUUUGCUAUCAUCCAUCCCAUUACAUGCAAACAGAUCCUCACAUCAACUAGACUUCGGUUGGUGAUUGGAGGCGUCUGGAUAACUUCAGCUGUCUAUUCAAUACCCAAGUUCAUCUUUGUGAGAACUAUUACAAACAAUUUGGGUGAUGGGACAACGGAGACCAUCUGUAUUAUGUAUCGAAAGCGUUACGACUCCAAAUUGUUCGAUUUAAUCAAUUUUGGACUUCUCUACGUUAUACCACUUCUUGUGAUGACGAUCCUAUACAGUAGAAUCGCAAUAACACUUUGGAAAAGCUCUCAGGGGUUGGAGAGAAAUAUUGCGAUGAAGAAUACGCCGCAAUACAAUAGUGAGUCUACUCAUGGACCCAUGGGAUACGACAGUCCUCAGAAUUCUCAUCACCUAAGCACCAUGAAUGCAUCAAGCCGGAGGUCAAAGAAUAAUCGACGACACUUUGAUAUUGUGGAGAGUCAGACUAAAGUCUCCAUGUCAAGUGAGAAAGGUUCAACGUGGAGAACGCAGAGCUUUCGAAAUCCCCGGCAUCAGCACAUGCAUCAUAUUGGCACUCAAUUAACACAAGUCUCACAUUCCUCGAGCAAUGUUCUACGGGCACGUCGAGGGGUCAUCCGGAUGCUGAUGGUAGUAGUGCUGACGUUUGCCCUCUGUAACUUGCCAUUUCACGCUCGGAAAAUGUGGCAAUACUGGUCCAAUGACUACAAGGGAGCAUCCAAUUUCAACGCCCUGUUCACUCCACUUACUUUUUUGGUGACGUAUUUCAAUUCAGGCGUAAAUCCCAUCCUGUAUGCAUUCCUCAGUCGCAACUUCCGGAAGGGUAUGCGAGAAUUGCUUAUGUGCUCCUUCAAAAAGAACCAACGCCCGUCGAUACGACAACGCCUUCCACUUCAGGUACUAUCAAUUGCGACACUUUAUAGACCUAUCACUUCAAAUAAGAAAAAGAAUUUAUCCUUCCCUUAUGUAGAUUUUUUUCUUUUGCUGCUUUCUAUUUUUCACACCAUAAAAUUCUAUUUUUCCUCAAGUUAUCCUGUUCUAACCUUUAGAAUCUGUAUUCUAUACCUUUCCUUUUGAAGUAUAGAUUUCACUAUAUUUUAUUUUCCUCUUUAUGUGUUUGGUGGAAAGAAAAAAAUCAAUGAGAAUUGCAGAAAUUCAUUGACGAACAAUUAAUAUAAAAUUUUACAUCGUAUAGACCCAUUCUUUACCGACUGAUUCAACCCAUGUAGGCAAUAAUCCAACAUGAUGCGAACUGCAACACUUCCAUUUGUCACGAAACGAGAUGACCCGAGUGAACUCACGUGUGCACAGUGAUGGAUACACUACCACCACAAUCAUUCAAAAUGCUGAAUUGUAAAGAAAUAUAUAUUUUUUCUAUUUAUUCUUGAAAAAAUGUUACUUAUAAGUUAUGUAUUUAUUUCGUGAACUUUAAGAAACAUGUAAUAUCAGACAGAAGAAAUUGUUGUUUGGAAAUUGUCUCACAUUUGAAGAAUUUAUAACAAAUUACAGGAAAUUAUUCUUACCAUCUAUCGUAAUUUUAAUGAAGGAAAACAAAACCAACUUUAAUUAUCCAACGAAAGUCGAGAAACAAUGUAUUAUAUUCCUUAAGUAGUACAAAUACAAAUAUCACAAAUAAAAGGAGCUUCUCUGAAAA